AUUUUCUGCUUAUUUUUCUGAUAUCAGGCUACAGAGAGAGGCAUGGUCUCCCAUUUCCACCACAACCCCUGAUACCAGCGAGGCUCCCAGGACUAGAAAAACCUCCUUCUGGCAUCGUCUGUCUCUUCAUAACAAGAAAAGCCCUCAGAGGGAUGUACGUUAUGGAGAUGGCGAAAGUUCAAGUCUGCAGAAGAGCCUACAGACAGAGGCAUGGUCCCCCACUUCCACCAAAACCCCUGCUACCAGCGAGGCUCCUAGGACUAGAAAAACCUCCUACUGGCAUUGUUUGUCUCUUCAUAACAAGAAAAGCCCUCAGAGGGAUGUACGUUAUGGAGAUGGCGAAAGUUCAAGUCUGCAGAAGAGCCUACAGACAGAGGCACGGUCUCCCAUUUCCGCCACAACCCCUGCUACCAGCGAGGCUCCUAGGACUAGAAAAACCUCCUACUGGCAUCGUCUGUCUCUUCAUAACAAGAAAAGCCCUCAGAGGGAUGUACGUUUUGAAGAUGGCGAAAGCUCAAAUCUGCAGAAGAGCCAGCAGACAGAUGUACCAUCUCCCUGUACCAUCACAACCAGCGAGGCUCCUAGGUCUAGAAAAACCUCCUACUGGCAUUGUUGGCGUCUUCAUAACAAGAAAAAGCAGACCCAUGUCCCACAAGAUGUGGACGGGGUCACAAUCCAGUCACCCUCUGUGACAGAAAGGAGUUGUUGCACAAGUGAGAAGUCUCAGGGAGGAGAGACUAGUGUCCAGUUCAGGGCUUCAUCUGUUCCUUGCAGUCCUGUCUCUGAACACCAUGAGCUGCAUCUCCCAGCUGACAACAAAGAGGAGACUGAUGAGUCAGUCGAACAAUUCUCCACCACUAUACAAUGCACUGGUGAUUUUGGGGAUGUCGAAGAUGGAGCACUGGAUGGUUCUCAUGCAUCUUCCAGAGAAGGAGACUCCCAAACUGGCCAAAACAGCAGAGUGGAAGAUACUGUCUUGCCCUCUACUGCCUCAGCACAGAUCAUCAACAACCAAGAGGACUCAGAAGAAGGAGAGUCUGAUGUCCAAGACAACAUCCAACCUGCGUCUGAAAGUCAGGACAUGCCAGAAAAGAUUGAGGAGAAAGAACGUAUACAAUGCGCUGGUGAUUUUGGGGAUGUCGAAGAUGGAGCACUGGAUGGUUCUCCUGCAUCUUCCAGAGGAGACUCCCAAACUAGCCAAAACAGCAGAGUGGAAGAUACUGUCUUGCCCUCUACUGCCUCAGCACAGAUCAUCAACAACCAAGAGGACUCAGAAGAAGGAGAGUCUGAUGUCCAAGACAACAUCCAACCUGCGUCUGAAAGUCAGGACAUGCCAGAAAAGAUUGAGGAGAAAGAACGUAUACAAUGCGCUGGUGAUUUUGGGGAUGUCGAAGAUGGAGCACUGGAUGGUUCUCCUGCAUCUUCUAGAGGAGACUCCCAAACUGGCCAAAACAGCAGAGUGGAAGAUACUGUCUUGCCCUCUACUGCCUCAGCACAGAUCAUCAACAACCAAGAGGACUCAGAAGAAGGAGAGUCUGAUGUCCAAGACAACAUCCAACCUGCGUCUGAAAGUCAGGACAUGCCAGAAAAGAUUGAGGAGAAAGAACGUGUCUGCGUCCUGAACGACAUUUCAGGACAACUUGGAGUCCAGGUGGAAACUGCUCCUGAUGGUGGCACUCUUCCCUCAGUUGCCGCUGAGAAAGACUUACACACCGUGAAAGAAGACAGCGGAGAAGUAUUUCUGACCUCUUCUGCCACAGAAGAGAGUUUAAAGAGAACCAUGGAAGUGGCAAAUACGGAACCUGGACACCAAGAUGUUUCCUGCACACAAUCUUCUCCUGAGUCAGGAAAAAAUGAGACUUUUAAAAGCAUAAAAAACAUGUGUGGGUUAAUCCUGUCUCAACUGUUUCGUAAGGCUGAAUUCAACCGUCCAGGACUCAACCACUCAGCAAAGCCUUCUUCAAGUACCAAGAAAACCAUCCCCAAACAGGAGCUGGUCUGCUUUGGGUUACCGAACCUGGGCAUGACUUGCUACAUGAACUCCAUCCUCCAAAGCCUCCUAAAUCUAAACUGCUUCGUUCAAGAGAUCUACAAGCAGCUGCCUGUGUGGCGCCUUCUCCCCGGAUCUCAGCUCUUCAGAUGGUUUCUAGAUAUUGAAGCCAGUCGCUUCACCAACAUCAGAGAGGACAAAAUGUUGGUUCUAUCCACUUUUAAAUGGACUGUCGCUGAAUAUAAUUCAGAUUUUGACGAUGACGAGCAGAAGGAUGCCCAUGAGUUCCUCGUUUGUGUUCUGGACAUAAUGAGGUCUGUGUCAUCAGAGGUUGAGCUGACAGCUGUAAACUCUGGCCUGACCUACACGUGCCCAGUCCAGGAACACAUUACACUUCAGAUGUUAAACGUCAGAACCUGCAGGGGAUGUGGUGAGCAGUCCUAUAGAUUGGAGGACUUUGUUAACCUCAGUCUGGACCUGGUACCAGGGGGAACGGUGGGCCAGUGUCUGCAGGAGUAUCUCAAGGAGAACCAGAUAGAAUUCACAUGCCACUGUGGAGCGCAGCAGUCGUCCCUGCAGAGCUCUUUCUCCACCCUGCCGAAUGUGCUGAUCCUGCACCUAAAGCGCUUUAUAGUCACCAGGUCCUACACUGUCAACAAGAUGAAGAAUCCCAUCACUUUGUCAAAAGAACUUGUGCUGAAGGAAGAGUAUAUGGCCAACAGAAAUACGACAGCUCGUUAUUCUCUGGUGAGCGUCGUCAGCCACAUGGGCUCCAGUGCUGACAGUGGUCAUUACAUCUGCGACAGUAUCUACGGAAGGCCGGAUAUGGGGGAUUCAGCCAACCUUUGGCUAACAUAUAAUGAUGAGCGUGUUAGCCAGACAACAGCAGAAGAUGUCUGUCGCCGAAGAGAAACAACUGCUUUCCUGCUGUUCUAUGAAAAACAGGCCCUUGAAGAGCUAACACACCUGCCAUCAGGGCUGCAAUAUUGACUGCAGCAAGCAAUGCCACAAAUUACUACAGUGGCUUGCAAAAUUAUUCACACGUCUUUAACUUUUCCACAUAUUGUCACAUUACAACCAAAAAUACAAAUACAUUUUAUUGGAAUCUUAUGUGAAAGAUAAACUGCUAUACAACUGUGAAGUAGCAAGAAACUAAUACAUGGUCUCUUUUUUUAAACAAAUAAAAAACUGAAAAGAGCAAUGUGCAAAAGUAUUCAGCAUAAAUAUUUCUUGGAACCGCGUUUUGCUGUAAUUACUGCAAGUCUCUACCAGUUUUCCACAUCUUGUGACUGAAAUUUUUGGCCAUUCUUCUUUGUAAAAUAGUUCAAGCACAGUCAGAUUAGAUUGAGAGCGUUUGUGAAUAGCAGUUUUCACACCUUAUCAGAUCCACAGAUUCUUGAUUCGGUUUAAGUAAGAGGUCGACCGAUGCAGGUUUUUAAGGCCGAUACCGAUUAUUUUGACAUCAGGCAAAUCGAUAACCGAUACGUAAAAAUUAAAAUAAUACAACUGAAAAUGUUGAGUACAACACAAAGUAUCCAUCUUAUAAUAAACACACUUUUGAAAUUCUCUUUAAUUUCAUAGUAACAUUUACCCAAUGAUAUUUAAUUACUCAAAUGCAGACUUUGGUGAAUUAAAAUCUGCCAUAAAUUUGAUUAUUAAAAUUGGCUAGAAAUUAAAAUUGGAAAGAACUGACCCAAAUACUGUUCUUAUAUUGCUAGACCAAAAAGAGUUACAUUUUUUAUUGUUAAAGAGUCA